AUGCAUUUCACUACGCCCCCUAAGUCUGAGCCUGUUGAAUUCACAACGCUGGAUGGACUGACUCUCCGUGGUCAGCUAUAUGCCGCAUCCUCGCGAGGUCCUGCGGUUAUUAUGACUCCAGGCUGGAAUUGUGUCAAGGAAAUGUUGCUGCCAGAGGUGGCCGAGAGAUUCCAAGCUGCCGGCUUCACAGCCCUUACUUAUGAUCCACGCAAUCUCGGCGAGAGUGACGGGAUGCCACGUAAUGAGAUUGACCCUGCGAAGCAAGUCGAAGACUACUCAGAUGCCCUCACAUAUCUUUCAAGGCAUCCAAUGGUUGAUCCAUCCAAAAUUGCAUUUUGGGGCAUGUCAUUUUCUGGAUCUAUCGCUGCUUGUGCUGCGGCACUGGAUAAGCGAGCCAAGGUCCUCAUCUCUAUAUGCCCCAUGACUGUUUUCUUCACCGACGAGAAGCGACAGAAGAUCCUUAGCAAGGCAAUUAUGGAUCGUGUCUCUCAGUUGAAGGGCAACCGCCCCUUCAUGCUGGUGCCCUUCACCAAAACUGGCGAAAACCCAGGUGGUCUUGCCCAAGGAGGAGGGAGAGAGGCUUAUGAAUUUAUGAGCACUGUCAAGGAUCACGGCGCUCCCAACUAUGAAAACCACACAACUAUUCAAUCUUACUACCGAAUGAUGAUGUGGCAGCCAUGGCCGCUCUUUGAGCAUGUUGAUCCCACUCCCGCCAUGGUCCUGAUCCCUGAUGGGGACCAGAUUGCAAAGCCGGAAGAUCAACGGCGCAUGUUCGAUGCUCUCUCUGGGCCAAAGAAGCUUGUUUUUGCUCGAGGGAAGGGCCAUUUGAAUGUUCUGAGCGGAGAAGACGCAGAGAUGCUCAUUCAAGAGCAGGUAGAGUUUAUGAGGGACGCGUUUGAGGGAAAGCCGAUUUCAUAA